GCGGGCAGCCUGCGGGAGGUGGCAGUUAAGUGAUGUGAGCUGCUGUUACCCUUUUCAAAGGUGGUACAAGAGGAAAACGCGGGCUGGUCCCCCAGAUGGUAGAUGACACUACAUUAUACUCUUUGGGGCUUUUAGGAACACCUCUAAAACUCUGGACGUUUCCAUCUUACACUGAGCUUUUAGGGGAUCCAGCUGUCGGGUGGUCCCUCUGUCAGAGGCAGAAUCUCGAGGCUGGAGAGGCUGUGGGUCUGACUCAGUGAUCACCGUCCUGAGUUUGAAAGGCUCAUUUUCUGAUCUGGGAUUUUGUGUUCUGGUGGUCAGUGCUGUGUUGUGGUGCUUCCUAUAGGGCAGCCUUUCCCCGGGUAGCAGGGCCUGCCUGGGGGUUCUCCUCUCUGUGGAAUAACAUCGGGAGGGCGGUCCCCUUGCAGGGAACAGCUCUCUCCAACGUAUGAAAGGGCUCUGUUCCCAGGGAUCACUUGCGAUUUGAUUAUUUGGGAUGUGGAACAAACACAUUUUCCCAUAAACACAGUGUGGUUGGGUUACCAGCCUGACCUACAGAGCUUUUUAUUUAGCAUCUUACUUAAGACAGCAUUUACUAAUAGUAGGGGUCUCAAAUUUGGGUUCUGGGAACUGGGCUUGCAGAACAGGUGGGAGGAGGAGGAGAGUGUCUGGUCUCUUUCUUGGGCCCUGGUUUGAGUUCUGAAUUAGGCAGAGGUUUAUUUUGCUGUUAUCUAGGAUUCUCUAUCCUACUCCUUAUGUCUCCAGGUCUCCUGGCACUUCUUCCUCGACAACUGAUACUUAUCUUUCUUGCAGAGAACGGAGCCGCCAGAGGCCAGUGGGUUUGGUUUAACAAGCCAGUACUCUGUCCUGGGAGUGUGUAUGUGCUUUACACUAGGGCUUGGGUGCUGGAGUCUUGGUUUAAAAGUGUGUGUGUAUUGGGAAGGGGUCUGUUCUAUUUAUGUUUCCUUUUUCAUUUUCGUUGUCAAGAUUCUUCGGAGGACACCCCUCCAGCCACUCAGAACUUUAUCAUUCCAAAAAAGGAGAUCCACACGGUUCCGGACAUGGGCAAAUGGAAGCGUUCUCAGGCGUACGCUGACUACAUUGGAUUCAUCCUCACCCUCAACGAAGGUGUGAAGGGGAAGAAGCUGACCUUCGAGUACAGAGUCUCUGAGGCCAUUGAGAAACUGGUUGCUCUUCUCAACACUCUGGACAGGUGGAUUGAUGAGACUCCUCCUAUGGACCAGCCCUCUCGAUUUGGGAACAAGGCUUACAGGACCUGGUAUGCCAAACUUGACCAGGAAGCAGAAAACUUGGUGGCCACAGUGGUCCCCACCCAUCUGGCAGCUGCUGUGCCUGAGGUGGCGGUUUACCUAAAGGAGUCUGUGGGGAACUCCACGCGCAUCGACUAUGGCACAGGACAUGAAGCAGCCUUUGCUGCUUUCCUCUGCUGCCUCUGCAAGAUUGGGGUGCUCCGGGUGGAUGACCAGAUAGCUAUUGUCUUUAAGGUGUUCAAUCGGUACCUUGAGGUGAUGCGGAAACUCCAGAAAACAUACAGGAUGGAGCCUGCAGGCAGCCAGGGAGUGUGGGGCCUGGAUGACUUCCAGUUUCUGCCUUUCAUCUGGGGCAGUUCGCAGCUGAUAGAUCACCCGUAUCUGGAGCCCAGGCACUUUGUCGAUGAGAAGGCCGUAAAUGAGAACCACAAGGACUACAUGUUCCUGGAGUGCAUCCUGUUUAUCACUGAGAUGAAGACAGGCCCCUUUGCAGAGCACUCCAACCAGCUGUGGAACAUCAGUGCUGUCCCUACCUGGUCCAAAGUGAACCAGGGUCUCAUCCGCAUGUAUAAGGCCGAGUGCCUGGAGAAGUUCCCGGUGAUCCAGCACUUCAAGUUCGGGAGCCUGCUGCCCAUCCAUCCUGUCUCAUUGUGCUAGGAGGGGCUGAGCAGCCAGAGCCACUCAGGCCGAAGUUCGUGUGUCUGCCCUCCCUGACCCUAGCUAUGGCCCCCUCCCGCCCCCUUCCUCUGUUCUUUCUGUUUGACGAGAGGCUGUUGACUGGGGUGGGUGGUGAGCGAGGGGUCUAGGAAGGCUCAGGGCCUAAGGCUUAAGGACCCAAGUUGGGAGAAGUGACCAGAGUGUGGCCAGUUUCCUGACUUCCACCGGGUGUACGUCAGUGAGGGGUGAGACAGGGUCCUGGGCCCCGCCCCCUGACCUUCCUCUCCUCCCUCCGUCUAGGCCUGUUUUGAGACCCAGGCUGUUCUGUGCCACUGGGGAGGGGAGGUAUUUUGCUGAUUUUGUUGCUUUCUCGGGGUUGGAGCAGUUGCUCCCCACAGGUGGGUCAAUUUCAGUUUCCCAAGCCGUGUUUGGGUGGGUGUCCGGAUGUUCUGAGGGCUGGAGGCGGAGGCUGGCGGCCAGCUUUGGGUGGUGUGGGGCAGGGAGAAUCGGCUGUUCUGGCCUGUGACCCUCCCAGCUCCCCUCACGGCUGCCCCUGGGCCUUCGAGUACCUGUGUUCAGUGCCUCAUCCUGCCUUUUCUGUUCUCUGGCCCUUGGCUUUGCUGGGUCUUCUGCUAUAGCCACACCUGUCCUCCCCCAAGAGUAGCCUCUGAAAGUUGCCCUUUGGGUAGGUGCUGAGCUCCUGGGAGGGGCCCCACAGGGCCUGCUCAGGGCUCAUUGGGUAAGGCCUGCCUUUCCAAAGCUUCCUCAGGCCCGGAGGGGUUGGCAGAGACUGGGGUGGGGCCUUGGGCUGGUUGUGGCUGGGAAGAACGUGGAUUCCUCUCCGUGCAUUCUCACGGCCACUUGUUUCCUCCUCAUGGCCGCUUGUUUUUCCGAGUCCCGUGGCCCUGCUUCCCGCCCCUGUGGAAGGUGGGUGAAUGGGCUGCAGGAGGGCUCAGAAAGCCCACGCCUUUGUCCUCUCACCUGCCUGAACUCCCCGGUUGGCGUCCAGGAUGAGGUGGUGGCCCCCAAGCCCAGGCCUUGGCUCUGAGGAUGGGCGGGCCCCCCCAGCAGGGAGGGCCACUGGUAGCAGCAUGUCAGCUCCAGAGUUUUCUUCUAAGGUUGCUCCUGGGCCUGACUCGAAUACUCUUCCUGCCCAAGCCCAGGCAUGCCCUCCUUGUAUCUGGGUCCACAUGCCCUUUGGGAAAGGGGAGCACAUGAGAAGCACAAUUCAGGGGUUUGACCCUUGGAUCUAGGCCGAUGGCCAGGGCAGAGGCUGGGAUAGGAGACACUAGAGUCACAGAAAUAAUUUUCCGAGGAGAGGCUCCGUCAGCACCUGCCUCCCUCCCAGGGUCCAGACCACCACCUUUCUGGCUUCUCCUCCCAGGGCCCCCAGGGCCCUCCCAGCCCCUUUGCGCCUUCACUGCUGUUCAGAUUAAAGCCUCUGUUUUGCACCUGUCA